CCAAGUUCCAAAGCACACAGUGACCCAGGGCUUUGAAAAAACACUGCCCAUAGGGUCAUCGAUCAACCGUGAGGACAAGGGGAAAACAAAUAAAAUUUAACAAAUAAACAAAAGGGAAGGUUAAAUUUCUCAAGGCUGGGUAGCGAUGACCACUGCAUUUAACAGCAACCAGGAGAGGAAGAAGAAGUAUGCCAUUCUCGGCGUCUCUUCUAUCUUGCUUGUGGCCAUGGUAGCUUGCGUGGCCGUCGGCAUAAACAGCGGCGCCGAAGUUGGCAGCGAAGGAUCAAGUGACAACCAUGUUACAAAAUCUCAAAAGAACGUAAAGGUCAUAUGCGAUUCAGUGGAAUACAAAGAGACAUGCGAGAAGAGUCUUGCCAAGGCCUCAAACGAGACCUCAGACAUGAAGGAGUUGAUCAAAGCCGCAUUCACCGCGACCGCAGAUGAGCUCCAAAACCAGAUAGUAAACUCCACCCUCUACCAAGAGUUGGCCAAGGACAACAUGACAAGACAAGCCAUGGACAUCUGCAAGGAAGUCCUAGGUUAUGCUGUUGAUGACAUUCACAAAUCUGUCCACACGUUGGACAAGUUUGAUCUUAGCAAGCUAGAAGAAUACGCCUACGACCUCAAGGUUUGGCUUGCCGGUACCCUCUCCCACCAACAAACAUGCUUGGACGGGUUUGUGAACACCACCACCAACGCUGGGCAAACCAUGGCCAAGGUUCUCAACACCUCUUUGGAGCUCAGCAACAACGCGUUGGACAUAGUGAACGGUGUGUCUAGUCUUUUCAAGGGUCUUAACUUGACAACUUUCACCACAAACACCCCCACCGCCGCCGCCAACAGAAAGCUUCUCGCUGAGGAUGGUUUCCCUUCAUGGAUGGGCCAAGCUCAGAGGGAGCUCCUUCAGGCUGGGCCUGGGAAUGUUAAGGCUGAUGUGAUUGUGGCUCAAGAUGGUAGUGGCCAAUUCACAACACUUACUGAGGCACUUAAACUUGUUCCUAAAAAGAACAGGAAGCCUUUUGUGAUUUAUGUCAAGGCUGGUAUCUACAAAGAGUAUGUUGAACUUGAUAAGAAAAAGGCCCAUGUCACUAUCAUCGGAGAUGGUCCCACAAAGACCAGAUUCACCGGCAGCAAGAACUAUGUUGAUGGUGUGCAAACCUACUUCACCGCGACCUUCAGUGUGAACGCUCCUGCCUUCAUGGCAAUGCACGUUGGGUUCGAGAACUCGGCUGGAGCAGAGAAGCACCAAGCUGUGGCACUGAGGGUGACAGCCGACAAGGCAGUGUUCUAUGACUGCCAUAUGGAUGGAUUCCAAGAUACCUUGUACGUCCAGUCCCAGCGCCAAUUCUACCGUGAUUGUGUAGUCUCUGGCACCGUCGACUUCGUCUUUGGUGACGCUGUGGGAGUUUUCCAGAAGUGCAAGUUCAUCGUGAAGAAGCCCCUGGAGAACCAGCAAUGCAUGGUGACGGCUGGCGGCAGAUCCAAGAUCGACAGCCCCAGCGCACUGGUGUUCCAAAGCUGCCACUUCACCGGUGAGCCCGGAAUGAACCUCGUGACCCCAAAGAUCUCGUACCUCGGAAGACCAUGGAGGUUGUACUCUAAGGUUGUGAUCAUGGACUCCCGCAUCGAUGACAUUUUCGUACCAGAAGGUUACAUGGCGUGGAUGGGAAGUGCCUUCAAGGACACAUGCUCCUACUAUGAGUACAACAACGUGGGACUUGGUGCUAACACUAUUGGUCGUGUCAAAUGGCCAGGUGUUAAGGUCAUCACUCCUCUUGAGGCUGAUGAUUUCUAUCCAGGAAGGUUUUACGAAAUCGCUAACUCAACUCAACGUGAUGCUUGGAUCCUUCAUUCCGGUGUGCCCUAUUCCCUUGGCCCACUUCCUCCUCCUAUUGGCUCAAACCCCAAGCCCUAAACCCAUCGACAAAGCUUGAUCACUCGAUGCAUGUUCUUCUAUGAACCGAAUAUAGAGACUAUAUAUAGCCAUCCCUGGUCCUCAUAUCCAUGCAUGCUAAAAUCCAACCACUUUGAUGACAUUUUAUUUAUGUCAUAAUUUAAGGAAAGUAAUGCAGUGGUAUAUUUGUUAAUAUUUAAGUUUCUCCUAUGAUUUAAUUUUCUCACAAUUGAUAGCUCCUUGCUCAUAGAA